UGGAGCUACAGAGACUUAUCUGCAACAGCAGAAGUGCAUCGGGUGAUUAAAAGCAACUAGAAGUUCACCUAGUUCAGCCUCUUAUCUGGAAAGACAUUCAUCUGAAAACUUGUUAUUUUACACUGCACUCUGAUUUCUGAAAACGGGCAUCUGGGAGACAAAUGACAGGUAUGGUCGUCAUGGAAUUUAACACAUCAGAUGAGAAUUACAGUGAUUAUGAUUACAAUGAUGGAGUGUCACCCUGCAACAACAACAAUAUGGAUUUGAACAGUACAGGCUUGGCCGUCACCUACAUCAUAGUGGUCCUUGUCAGUCUGCUGGGGAACAGCCUUGUCAUCUAUGUGAUAUGCUGUAUGGAGAGAAGGAAGACCUCCACAGAUGUGUACCUGAUGAACCUGGCCCUGGCUGACCUCCUCUUCUCCCUGACCCUCCCCCUGUGGGCCGUCUACAUUUACUCCGAGUGGAUGUUCGGCACCGCGCUUUGCAAACUGACAUCCGGCUUGCAGGAGAUGACCUUCUAUGGCGGCGUCCUGCUGCUGGCCAGCAUCAGCGUUGACCGCUACCUGGCCAUCGUGAAAGCCACACGGGUGAUUGUGCACAAGCGCCACCUAGUGAGUUUAGUGUGUGGCUGCGUGUGGCUGGUGGCGGGGAUGCUCGCUGUGCCUGUCUGCGUCCACAAGGAGGCCUUCACUCCCUCAGGCUCAACCAGGAAAGUGUGCCAUGACAACGUGACGGGCAAGAAAGUGGAGCAAUGGCAGCUGAGCAUGCGACUCCUACGCUAUAUUGUGGGUUUCUUCAUCCCACUGAUGGUCAUGAUUUUUUGCUAUGGCAGCACAUCCUGCACACUUUACCGUUCACGCAACAGUCAGAAGCACAAGGCCAUGAGGGUUAUCCUGUCCGUGGUGCUGGCUUUCGUAGUCUGCUGGCUCCCCUACAAUAUCGCCGUCCUCGUCGAUAUCCUGAUGCGAGGAAACCUGCUCAGCGAAUCCUGUGAUCUCAGGCAACAGGUGGUAUUUAGCCUCCAGGUGACGGAGAUCCUGGCCUUCUCGCACUGUGCCGUCAACCCCAUCCUGUAUGCCUUCAUCGGCCAGAAGUUCCGUGACGAGCUUCUCACUACGCUCUUCAAGCACGGCCUCAUUAACAAGAAGGUCCUGUCCACCUACAGGAAGAACUCAGUAUACUCUUUCUCUGGGAACACAUCCAUCACCCGAUAAUCAAUUCAGUGUUUGAUCCACUGACUCCCAAAGUAAAGUCAAAUCAAGUCAAGUCAUAUCAAGUCAAGUCAAGUUAUAUCAGGUCAAGUCAAGUCAAGUCAUAUCAAGUCAAGUCAUAUCAAGUGAAGUCAAGUCAUAUCAAGUGAAGUCAAGUCAAGUCAUAUCAAGUCAAGUCAAGUCAAGUCAAAUGGGCUUUAUUGUCAAACCAUCCAUAUACAGGUAUAUAUGAAAUAACAUUUCCCCAGGACCAUGUAUAACAUACAGAUAGUGAGUGACAAUGGAGGGUUUUUACAAUACUUAGACUACAAAACAAAGUACAGCAUGACACUGGGGGUGAGGGGGAACACAACAGUUUAUAUACAUAGUGCUAUGUGUAUGUAAACAAUAAGUGACAAAGCCACAUAAAAGUGUGGAUUUUGUAUAAUAAUACUGAUAAUUCUAUGCAUCAUAUACUAGACAGACCUUCUAAUGCUUCAGCUUUGUAUUUGUAACAUAUUUAAUAGCACAUCUUACUCUCUGGAGCAGUUGUUUUGUCUUGUCUCAUAUCUAAGUUCUUGGUCAUUCUGUGGGACAUGCGGUGGGUGGACUAGGUGAAAACACAGUGUAAUACGGAGAUUUAUGUUAAACAGCUGCUUAUGCUUAAACUUAGGGUUAAGUGUUUUAUCGGACCUACAUAUCUUGACUUAGAAAGAGGUAAGGGAUGCACGCUGAUUACAGUGCGUGGCCACACCUGCCACAUUAGAAACCACCUCAGGGAUGAGAACCUGAGUGCAGCUGUACAGUGUGAGUUUUAUUUCCAGUGACUGCAAUGGCAAUCCUGGCAGCAAGGAUCACAACUGAGGCCAAGUAGAUAUAUUCUGUAUCAGAUUCAGGUUGGUGUCUUUGGAGAGUUCUUUUGUGGAAAUAACAAUUCUAUUUCCUCUUCAGUAAAGACAAUGUUCUUGUUAAUUCAGACACAAAGGAAAUAGACAGUGAGUUCGCAGUUACAAACACAUCAUCACUUUACAUUUGCAUUCACAUUUAUCGCAGUGAACUGUGAGAAUCUGUCGAUUGUUCUGUCUUCCACACAUAAGUCAUAUUAAAAGUGAGGUUAGGGCUAUAAAGGAUAUUGCUCAUUUCAUCUUCUGAAGGUGUACCUGCCAGUGUUUGAGGUCUUAUAGCAGCAUGUGAACACUGAUAUGCUCCUCUACAGCACCAAAGCUCUGCCAGGCCCACAGCAAAGGAACUCAAAGAACUACAUGCAAAAAGUUACACUGCAAAUAAUCAUUAUAACAGCUAAGAUGUGUGAGCUAAGUCAGUGGUCUUGAACUGGUUUAGCUUCAAGACCCAUAUUUUCCUUAAUCACAACCCAAAUUUUAAAGAUUUUGAACCAAAUUUUUUUCACAAAUAGUGUAGCUCCUGGCUCUUCAAAUCUGAACCUCGAUUCCAAAUCCAGGUAGUUAGGUUAAUAAUUACUGAUUCUAAUUGGCUGCAAGUUUUAUUCCUGUCUUGUGGUUAAGCGCUGGUGUAACUGAUAAAAUUUGCCUAUUUGCCAGGGUGUUAGUGGUAAUUUUUUUAACCACAUGCUUCAUGACCCACUGACAAUGGUCCUGCCAUCAGCUUUUGAGGUUGAGAAAUAUUGAUUCAAGUGUCUGUGAAUGUGGUAUGAUCACUGGUGCCAGAACAUCUCAGAAACAUACACCAAACUGGGUUGUCAUAUGUGCUAAGGGGUCUAGAGUUUACAGGGAUUGGUGUGAUGAACGAAAAACAUCCAGUCAGCGGCAGAUCUGUUGCUGAAAACACCUUGUUAAAUGAGUGAGGUCAGAGGAGAAUGUUUAGCCUGGUUAAAGCUAACAGGAUGACCACUGCAGCACGAAUACUGAAGUGAUUUUAUAAAGACCAUUUAACAAAUACGGGUGGUUUGCUUUAGACAAGUAAAAUAUACUGUUUUCUGUUGUAUUGCUUUUUUAUUCUGUCAGUAAAUAAAACUAUAUAAAAUGCCUGCUACACUGCAAAUUGCUAUGUUCUUGCCAACAUGUAAAAUAUUAAAUCUGGAAAUAUUAUAUUAUCUUUUUUAAAAAAAAAAUGUUUACUGGUUUCUCUCUUUGGAUUUGUGGUAUAUUCUUAUAUUGAUCUGUGUUAUGUAUCUCGGUUAUUCAGAAGAUCUUAUAAUUGACCCAUUUACUGGUAAAACACAUUAGACAACUUAUCAAUGGCAAACGUACUGCAUUUAUAUAGCGCUUUUCUACUCUUACUAGUACUCAAUGCGCUUUACAUUUCAUGCCUCCCAUUCACCCAUCUACACACCAGUGGCGGAGGCUGCCAUGCAAGGCGUAAGACUGCACACUGGGAGCAAUGUGGGGUUCAGUGUCUUGCUCAAGGACGCUUUGAUAGGGUCAGAAGGAACCAGGACUCGAACCUACAACCCACCGGUUGCUGAACGAUAGGACUACCGCCACCUGUGCCACCAUCUUCCCGCAUGCUUCUAUACCAUGCUUUUUCCACUGCAAACUUUUUCAAGAUUCACUAACAAGCUUAAGCAAGUUGAUUGAUUUAAGAACCACACAAGGCAUAUUUAAAAAAUAUUUUUUAUUCAAUGAAAAAUGGCCUAACAUGCUCCACCUACAAAAAAAUAAAAGGACCUUCUUGUCUUUCUCUGUUUCUCCCUCUAGCCGACUCUUUCACUAUCUUGCAUUCCCCACUUGUUUAUUAUGUAAAGUAUAUGUCGCAAAAUGCCACUGAGUGUAUGAGAGUAAUCUGUUGACUACUUUCAGAUGUCAAUAAAUGCUGGAAAAUUUCAA